AUGGCAUCACAUCCUGACGAACAGUCUCCUACAAGUGUCGGAACUAGGGUUGAUGUCGCAGAUGAUCUUGGGGAUUUCUUCGACCAGCUUGAUCUGGAUGGAGAGGAGUUUGAUGAUCUGGAAGUUGAUGCUGAUGAUACGGUUCUGAACAAGAGUGUGCGUUGGCUGGCACUAGCGAGGGUUCAUACCGACAAGAAUUUCAAUCAGACCGCCUUCUUCAAAGAUAUGCGUGCGGCAUGGAACCCUACAGAGAAGGUGCGCUUUCGGCCAGUUGGCCCGAACCUGUUUGUGGUGCAAGCAUCGUGUCUUGGCGAUUGGGAGCGUAUCAUGGAGAGAGGGCCAUGGAUUUUCAGGAACUGGGCAGUGCUCCUUACUCCCUAUGAUGAUUUUAUGAAAGAUGAUGAAAUUGAGAUAGUUUACAUGCCUAUAUGGCUCCAAAUCCAUAAACUCCCAGAUGGCUACUGCAAGAAGGAGAUAGUGGAAAAGUCGAUAAAGAAUGCAGGCAAGGUACUGGAGUUAAGGCUCAACGGAAAUUCUCGUGGUGAUUACAUUAAGGAACGGCAGGUUUUCACUGUUCGAUAUGAGAAAUUGGCAUGUUUUUGUAAAUUUUGUGGACGUGUUGGGCAUGAGUAUAAAGAGUGUGGCAAUGGAGUACACCCGCCUAAAGAUCUCAAGUUUGGCGAUUGGCUCUAUGCCGAUCCAGCACCUGGGAAUCGUUUGAGUUUUGAUGCUGGUUGCACUACAUCGGCUGCGGCAUUCACGCCGAGAAGGACGCAGAAUGAACAGGAAGAUGGGGAUCUUGAGGACAUGGAUACAAGUCUUGCAAAGCCAAAAGACAUUGUUAUGUCUAAACGUGAAAAAAACUAG